CUUUCGACCCCUUCCACUUCAGACCACCCGAUUCUUCCUCCAAUUAAACCAUUGAUUGAUAACCCAAAUUUCAAGGGAUUCAUUCCACUGUAUAACCCUGUUGUUAUCCAUUCUUCUCUUUCAACCAAUCCAUUCUGUGUUCAGAUAAUCUUUUGUUGUUGUGGUCACCAAAAUCCUCUUUCUCUCUCUCUCUCUCUCUCUCUCUCUCUCUCUCUCUCCGCACAAAUAGCAGCAACAUAGGAUCUGUCUUCUGUGUUUGUUCGUUUAUCUAGGAGGGUUUCUAAUCUUUUGUUUAGUUGAGGUGUUGUUUGUCCAUAAAGUUUAGAUUUUUUUUGAGAACCCAUUUGGGAGAAGCUAUCAGAAUUAUUAGGAGUAUUUCGUAAUUUACAUUAGGGGAAUUUCGCUGCUACAAAGAAAGGAACUUUUUGAAUUGACAUUUUUGUAUGCGCGAAUCAUCUUUCUUACCAGUUUCUUGGAUACCCAUUUGGAAAGAACAAGAAUUUCAGCUUUCAAACAUCAAUUUUCAGCUUAUUAACCUUCGAGAUUGAUCCUUUCAUGGUUUCAACAAUUGGGGUAUUACCUAUUUGACACCUCUCUCUCUCUCUCUCUCUCUCUCUCUCUCUCUCUCUCUCUCUCUCUCACUUGAUCUGUCCCAAUGUAUGGUAUUCAGAGUAGAAGAGACUUAGCCUUAGAAAUACAGGCUCAAAUCCCCAUUUUGAGGCCAAGCAUUCAUGCCAGAAGGGCAAACCUCACAGUAAAGUUCCAAGACAUUUAUGGGUUCUUAGUAGAAGGCAAUGUUGAUGAUGUGAAUGUGUUGAAUGAAGUGAGAGAGAAGGUGAGGCAACAGGGUAGGGUAUGGUGGGCUUUGGAGGCCAGCAAAGGGGCUAAUUGGUACUUGCAGACUCAUGCCUCCUCAACCCUUAAAGCUUCCCUUAAGUUUUCAGCUCUAGGGAAUGCAAUAACGCUAAAGAGGCUCAUUAGGAAGGGAAUUCCUCCUGUUUUGAGGCCUAAGGUCUGGUUUUCGCUUUCCGGGGCGUCUAAGAAGAAAUCUACCGCACCGGAGAGCUAUUAUGAUGAUUUGAUUAAGGCAGUUGAUGGUAAGGCUACGCCUGCGACACGGCAGAUUGAUCAUGAUCUACCACGAACAUUCCCUGGUCACCAAUGGUUGGACACUGAAGAGGGUCAAGGUGCUCUCAGACGUGUUCUUGUGGGGUAUUCUUUCCGUGAUUCGGAUGUCGGUUAUUGUCAGGGUUUAAAUUAUGUUGCAGCAUUGCUGCUGCUUGUGAUGAAAACAGAAGAAGAUGCAUUUUGGAUGCUAGCUGUCCUGUUGGAGAAUGUCUUAGUUAACGAUUGCUACACAACCAACUUGUCAGGUUGCCACGUUGAGCAAAGGGUGUUUAAAGAUCUCCUAAUUAAAAACUGCCCUAGGAUAGCCGCUCAUUUGGAUGCUUUGGAGUUUGAUGUUUCCCUUGUUGCCACUGAGUGGUUCCUAUGCCUAUUUUCCAAGAGCUUGCCUUCGGAGACAACUUUGAGGGUGUGGGAUGUACUUUUUUACGAGGGAGCGAAAGUUCUGUUUCACGUAGCAUUGGCUAUUUUUAAGAUGAAGGAAGAAGAGUUAAUUCUGGCGCAACAUGUUGGGGAUGUGAUUGAUAUAUUACAGAAAACCACCCAUCACCUAUUUGAUCCAGAUGAACUCUUGACGGUUGCUUUUGAUAAGAUUGGGUCUAUGACCACCACCACCAUAUCAAAGCAACGGAAGAAGCAGGAACCAGCAGUCAUGGCAGAGCUUGAUCUGAGGCUGAAGCGGUUAAAUUCUUUGAACGAAGAUGAAAAGUAAGCGAGUUUGUGUUACAAAAUAUCGGCUUGUGUAGUAUAUCAGAGAUGCUAGAAAGGCCCUGCUUGCUCCUAUCAAGGGAAUGAAGUCAGAAUUAUGAUUUUCACAAGCAGGAGAGCACCUGGGUCUCAUGUUGUUGAUGAUAAAUGUAGAAUCUUUUGAAAAGUGGUAUGUUGUACCGAUGAAUCACCCUGCAGCAGGCAAUUGCUGGAUGUCUUCCUUUUUAUUUUGAUUUCGUUGAUGUUGUUGCCCUCCUUUAUGAGAAUAGGUGUUGACUCUGAAAAUGGCUAAAGAUUUUCUUAUACCAUCUACCAUUUGAGCA